CGACCCGACCAGUGGGCCUUGACAUCUACGUGUCAGACCCUGCUCGUAGUUUAUCGGCAAAAGUUUUAAAUAUGACAGGACUAGGAGUGCGUCAUUGGCAGGUGGUUCUGAUCUUUUGGGGCCUGUCGGCCACCUACGCCCUCCGCGUCAACCUAUCCGUGGCAGUGGUGGCCAUGACAGAUUCGGCAUCCGUGCAUCCGGACUUUCCAGAAUAUGACUGGUCGGAGAAGAUAAAAGCCCUGCUGCUGAGCAGUUUCUUCUGGGGCUAUGUGGUCACCCAGGUGCCGGCGGGAGAGCUGGCCAAGAAAUUUGGUGGCAAAGUGAUGUUCCUGUCCGGCAUCACCAUCUGCUCGGUGCUUACCAUCCUCACGCCCCUUUGCGCCCAGCUGGGUGGCUGGCAAUUGGUGUGCGCCCUGCGUGUGGCGUGUGGUCUAUGCCAGGGCGUGGUCUUCCCCUCUGUGCACACCAUCCUGUCCAAGUGGAUGCUGCCCAAGGAGCGGGCCACACUCGGCACGUGCGCCUAUGCAGGCAAUGCAUUUGGCACGAUCAUCAUGCUGGCCUCCAGUGGACUGCUGGCCGCCUCGUCGGGUGGGUGGCCAAGUAUCUUCUACGUCUCGGGUGCUUUCGGUAUACUAUGGGCGAUCGUGUAUUUCAUUUGUGGCGCCAGCUCUCCGUCGCAGUACAAAAGAAUUACGCUGGAGGAGGGAUGGUUGAUUGAAGUGGCGCAGGCUGGCCAAGUGAGCAGUACGCAGCUUCGGACCCCUUGGCUCAGGUUCUUCACCUCGGCACCGUUUCUGGUACUAAUUGUUUCGCACAGCGUCUUCAACUGGGGCUUCUGGACACUCCUGACACAGAUUCCCAGCUACAUGAAGAGCGUCCUGGGCAAGGACAUCAAGUCGAAUGCCCUGCUCUCGUCCCUUCCCUACGUGUGCAUGUUCUUCAUGUCCUUCGUCUUCUCAGCCAUAUCCGCGCAGUUGAACAACCGCAACUGCGUCUACGGGAACAGUCGCAAGCUGUUCAACACGAUAGGCCUCUGGAUCCCCAUGAUCACAAUCGUCGGUCUGGGCUAUGUGCGGCCCAACCAGUCCACCCUUGCCGUGGUCCUGCUCUGCUUCACCGUCGGAAUGAGCGGCGCCACUUACCUGGGCUUCAACAUGAACCACCUGGAUCUGUCGCCGAACUUUGCCGGCAUCCUGAUGGGCAUCACCAACUGCGUGGCCAAUAUAAUGAGCAUAAUCGCACCGCUGGUGGUUGGUUUUAUUGUCACAAAUGAGAAAGAUCCAGACCAGUGGCGCAUCGUCUUCUUUAUUGCCGCCGGCUUCUAUCUGGUGGGCAAUGGGCUGUUUGUGAUUUUUGGCAAGGCCGAAGUACAGCCCUGGAACGAUGCUCCUGCCAAGCCCAAUGUAGAGGCCACAUAGCAAAAGGUUUCCCCUUUACUACUCUACUUCAAAACUACUCUCAAUUCGCGGUUCAUGCAUAUUUAUUUUUUAUUUUUUAUUUAUUUGAUUUUACUCGUACAUAAUUUCAUGGUACUUAUGGCCUUCCAGUGACCGUCUCCAUGUUGCAUGAGUUUUCCGUAGCUUGCCGCCUAACCCAGUUGCUCUAGCAGUUGGGUGGUGAAGACUCCAUUCUGGUGUGGUAUGUGGACAUUUUGUUGUUGAUUAAAAUCAAAUUAAUAUUUGACACUAUAUUGAAAAUAAAGUUUGUUUGUU